AUGUACUUUCCGAGAGUACACCUGAGCCCUUACACCUCCGGUGGUGUAUCAACAUCAUCAACUUGACAAGAAAAUGAGAAACGACCCAAAGAUGAACUCAACUUUACCACUAGCACCACCACCCAAUUAUGAUGAAGCUAUCAGAUCAAAUGAACAAACUAGAUUAGUAUUCCAAGAAGCCAUCAACUCAAAUGAACAAACUAGAUUAUUAUUUCAAACCAAUCAUCAUUCUCAACAAGCACAACAACAACAAGCAUAUCGACAAGCACCACCACCACCACCACCACCACAAGGACCAAUCUCAAUUCAUUUAAACCAUCAAACUCAUUCAUCUUCAUUUCAAUUCAUCAGAUUACUUGGAUUCUUUAGUUUGAUCUUAUCAAUCUUAUUUACAAUCAUCAUCAGUUUAUCAAUCACUCAUCAAUCUAAAAUCUUUUACUUGAAUUCAUUUAUCUUUUCUCAUUUCUCUUCAUUUGAAAUCCCAAUUUAUUAUUCAAUCUUAUCAUUCUUAAUCAUUCAUUUGGUUUUAGUGAAUUUGAAUCAUCAUAAAUCGUUUAGUAUCUUGGUUCAUCAUACUAUUCAUUUCACUCAAUUUAACAUUCUUAUUCAAGUCUUCGUCAUUCUUUUUGAUGGUGAACUUCGUAGUAAAGAAUCAGGUUUAACUCUUUUAUCUGCUACUAUCUUAUUAGGUGCUCUAGAUUUAGCCAAGUUUAUUCAUUCAUCAACUCAUUCACAACAACAAGUACGAACUCCAUUGGUGAUUCAUAAUGUCAAUCAAUCAUUAUCUUUCAUAAGACCUUCAAGUUUUUACUUAUCUAGAAACCAAAACAACUUAUCCAACGCAUUCAAGAGGUUUCGAUUCAUUGGUUAUUCAAUCUUUAUCACCCUCAAUACUUUAAUCUUAACAACUACUUUACUAUUGAAAGCUUCAGAUUCGAAUCCAGUACCUUCCGACCAACUUCAUACGGUUGAAAUUUCAUUCCCAACUAUCGAUCAUCAUUAUCAUCAUCAUCAUGAAGAACAAUUGAUUGAAACCAGUUUACAAAUGAAAUGUGAAUGGUUAAACCAACCGAAUCCAUCAAUCCUUUCAAACCAAAGCACUUCAAAUUUACCUAUCAAGACCAAUACGAUCUUACUUUUUUCUCCUUCAGCUUAUACUGCCAAAGAAUCUUCAAGAUGGAUUUCUUCCAUCGAAUCAUUCAAAAAGAAUGAUCUCUUCAAUGGAAUUAGGUUUUGCCAAUUCGAUAGACCUGGUUAUGAUCAUUCAUUUAAUUUACCGAUGACUAAGAUCUCAGAUAGUGUCAACGUGAUGGAUCAAGUUUUAAAUCAAAUAGGUGAAUUUGAUCAAAUUCAAAAAAAUUGGAAUGGAAUCCGUCAUUCUGGUUUUAUUGUGGUGGGUCAUGGUUAUGGAGCAUUGGAAGCCAAAGUGUUUGUAUCUAAACAUCCUCAUUUGAUCAAAUCAAUCCUUUAUAUCGAUCCUGAAACAGAAGAUACUUUCUUUAAUCUCGAUCAAGAUCUCACUGAUAGUCCAUUACGACAAUUCUCAUCAUCUCUACAUAACAUGUAUAAGAUUUUCAUUUCAUCUUGGAAAUAUACAAUUUCAACCCGAUUAUCAAUCUUACCCAUCAAAUCAAUCUCACCAUCAAUGACUCGUUCAAUCAUUCAAGAAUCUACAAUCUCUUUUUCGAUUUUAGCUUAUGAUGAAUUCAUUGAACUUACUAAACCAAAUCAUCUUUCAAAUCACUUUAAAACUAAAGUUUUACUCAAUCCUCAUAAAGGUGAUCAUCAUCAAUUUAAAGGUUUAGAGAUUUGUAUGGAUUUUAUGCAAUCUACUUGUCAAGAAAGUUUAAUGGAUUUAGUUUACGAUUGAUCUCUUUCAAGUUGAUUUGAUUUGUAAUUUUACAUCUUUUUUCAAAAUCUUAAACUUUUCUUUCUGGAUUGUAACUCCUUCCACCUAUCUAUUGUUGAACAUACGUUGUUUUAUUUCUCAUCUCUGUACUCUUUGUUUGAUGAUUUUCACGAAGCAGACUCGCGGUUCUUACUUUUCACUUUUGUUUUCUUAUAACAGUUUUGCAUCAUUUCACGAAUUAAAACUCUUUUGUCAAAUAAAUCUG